AGAUCCCGUCGCAGAUCGCAGCGCAUUCACCGUCCCCAGCAUGCUGGUGCCCAAACGAUCGAGUCUGCUGAGGCCCGUGGCUCUCAGAGCCCAUGUCGGCUGUGCUGCCACCCCGCUCCCGCUGGCCGUGCGUCCUGCCCUGGCUCAGCCCAAACCCGAAUCGUCGCUUCGAGCCCCUCGCUUGUCAAUCCAGCCCUGCCAGUUGCGGCUUCUCCACAUCACUCCCAGAUGCCUUCGACAGAGCGCCGACUCAGACGGUGUCGAUACGGACUCUCUCGAGGCCGGCAUCAACAUUGGUGAUCUUGUGGAGGUUCGAAGGGGCGGCAAGUCUUUCCUCGGCAUCAUCAUGAAGCUGCCUGGUGCCCGUGGCUCUGGCGAGAACGACUACCAGACAGUGGUCGAACACUUUCACUGGAUCAGUCACUCCGAAGCCCAGAUCAGCUUCCGCAUCCCCGGCUGGGCAUUCUCCAAGAUCGUUCAGAGGGCUACUGAGAAGGGCGAGAGCGUGCUUCCGCAAUACCAGUCGAGCCUCAGUCGGAGCGGCAAUCUGUUUGACUUGACAGGUGUGCCCCCCAUCGCCGUCCAGCACCUCGACAGAUUCAAGGAAGCAGCCGAGUCGUACCGGUUCUCGAAGGUCCAGAGGAUGAACCAACUCUACAGCGCCAUCGUCAAGAAGCGCACCACAAUCACCCUCGUCGAGGCCGCACAGUGGAUCUACUACAACGGAGAGGACGGCACCAGCCCCACCAGCGCCGAACUGUAUGCCACCUUUCUGUAUCUGCUCAAGAACAGCGUCCAGUUCUCGCCUGUCGAUCCAUGGGCGAUUGGACUCACGCCCGAGUUCCGUGUCCGCGACCCCGAGGAGGUCCAGAAGAUUGACUGGCUGCGAAAGCAAAUCUCGAGCCAGCGCCAAGGCAGUGCCUUUGAGAGCUUCAUCGCAAAGGCCCGGACUCUGAUUGACUGGAGUCGUAGCCGCGACGGCGGCAGCAACGCUCCACCCGAGACGCCUCCCAAGGUGACCUUCUCAUCGGAUGACCAAGUCUUCAUUGACGCUGUCAAGACGUAUAUUUCGCUGUCGGCGCACUUGCCAAGCGUCUACGAGACGAUCGUGCUCUCGGGCAUCAUCAAGGAGCUGCAGCCUCUCUAUCGGUACCGCAGUAACAAGCAGGACGCCAUCUUGCUGCUCAAAGAAAUCGGCGUCUGGACACCCUGGGAAAACACUCGGAUCUACAUCGGCGGCAAGCGAGGCGUCGUCGAGACCUUGGAGGGACACGGCCUGGCCUCGUGGGCCGAUGAUGUUGCCCGGGAGGGCGAGCGAUAUGGCGAUCUCUUGCUGACUCAACCCCACGUCGAGUUUGAUGCAGCCGGCAAGCAAAUUGUCCCCACCGACAGCGCCAGCCAGCUCGCCAAGAAGACAGACAAAUCUCCGUCCGAGAACGAGCCGGCGUCGGAUCGGCAGCACAUCCUGAACACGAUUCGAAACCUCACCGUUUCCCCCAAGGUCGAUGAAACCGACCGCUUCUUUGAUGUCGAGCCGUGCGCACACCUCCGCCGGGACUUUGGCAGCACUCCUGUCUACGUGAUUGAUGAUCCCACUGCCCACGAGCUGGACGACGGCAUGUCGGUCGAGGAGACUCCACAGGGAACCUGGCUGCACGUUCACAUUGCCGAUCCAACGGCCUACAUCCCGGUCUCACAUCCAAUCUCGCUGAUUGCGCAGCUCCGCGCCAACUCGGUUUACUUGCCUGAGCGCCACUACCCCAUGAUGCCCGAUAUCCUCAGCGAGGAGCGCUUCAACCUCGGCAAGUCACAGUGCGCCAUGACCUUUAGUGCUCUCAUCGGAGAGGACGGCCAGAUCCGCGACUACAAGGUGCAGCCGAGCAUCAUUCGCAACCCCAAGAUUGUCCACUACGAUGACGUCGACACUGUACUCAACUGGGACCAGAUCUAUGCCACCGACCGCAACCCCUCGACGCUGUCGCCAUGGGCGCGCUUGGCCCUGAAGCGCAGGGAUCUGCCGCGCGAUCCCCGCUUUGACAGCCAGGCCGUCAAGGAUCUGCAGGCCAUCCAGCGGCUUGCGGGGGCGCAUCUCAAGCACCGCAUCAAGAUGGGCAAGCUGGCUGCCGAUCAACCCGACAUCUCGGUGCGCGUCGAGGAGUAUCCGCUGCCCAAGGCGCCGUUGAACUCACCGACGCCAUUCUGGCCCGAUGUCCAGCCCGAGAUUGUGGUCAACGCCAACAAGGCCGCGCACAUCUCGCCGGCCCACGUCAUGGUCUCCGAGAGCAUGGUCGUUGCUGGCCGCAUCGCUGCAAAGUUCUGCGCCGACCGACACAUCCCCGUGAUCUAUCGCGGCCAGCGGUCGAUGCUGGCUCAAGCCCAAGAUGCGCGCGACCGUAAGGGCUGGCGGGCUGCCGACCAGUAUCCGCCAGACUCGGUCUUGGUUUCUCUGCUGGACCGUGUUCGCAGCCAGACUUGCGACCGCAGCGGCAUCGCUCCGUUCAUCACCUUUUUCGAGCUGCUGGCCUUCAUGCCGGCGGCCCAGGCGAGCCUGGAGCCUCUCGGGCACUUUACCAUGGGUAUACCUGGGCCCGGCGCCCUGAACGGAUAUGAAAAGGAUGGCUUUGUCGGCUACGUCAAGGUCACGUCACCCCUGCGUCGCUACAAGGACAUGAUUGCCCAUUGGCAAAUGAAGGCCUGGCUCCUGCGCGACCGCCCCGCCGGCAUCUCCAGUGUGGGCUCGGGCGUCGCCGUGGCCGAUCCCACCGGCACUUUGCCCUAUCCCUUCACGGUCGAGGCUAUGACCGAGCUGCUGGGCCGGCUGCACCAUGCCCAGAAGCGCACCGACUACGUCUCUUCCAAGAGCGAGCGGUACUGGCUGAUGGAGUGGAUGCGACGCCGACAAAAGCUGUGGCUCAGUGGAUCCCCAGGCGACACGGUCAACUCGGCGACCAUGCCCUAUGUUCCGCCGACAAGCUUCCAUGACCGCCUUGGGCACUACGAGCGGCCUCAAGAAUCAGCACUCCUGCCUGCCGCCGCGGGCCUCGAACCCGUCUACCAGGCCCUGGUUCUUCCCUCCGGCGGUCAAAAGCGGCCGCGCGUGCUCUUGGCAGACCUUGGCGGUGAGGAAGCCCGCCUCGGUGUACCGGUCGACGCCGCUCCAGGCUCCUACAUCGACGUGGUUGUGAGCAAGCUUGACUUUUCGGGCAGCUACAUCGAGGUGAUCCCCAAGGCGGCUGUGUUGUGAGUGCGCUCGGGCAAGUGCGAGUAGAUGCGACGAUGGUCCUGCGCCAUGGCCGGCUUGCCGCAGAGCAAGCGAACCAAUAUAGCUUCUGCGAUAGAA